AUGAAAACCUUUGUACACCAGGCUCUCCUCCUGCUGCUCAUCAUCACUCUGGCUGUCACAGGGCAUCCAAAGGGUUUACACUCUCUGAAUUAUAAACAAACUCUCCUGGAAUGGCCUGGCUUUUUGGAACUACAGUUUAUUGCUGUUAUCUAUGUGGAUGAUACACAGUUCCUAGGACUCAACAGCAUAUGGGGGAGUUCAAGGGCAGAGCACAGAGUACCAUGGAUGGAUAAGAAUGAACCAGAGAUUUCGGAGAAAGUAACACAGAGCAUGCUGGCUGAAAAAUAUUUCUUGACAAAAAUAAUGAAGAAAGUGCUCCACAUAUACAAUUACAGCAUGACUGGUUAUCACACAAUCCAGAGGAGGCGUGGCUGUUAUGUGGUGCCAGAAGGGCACUUCAGCCACGGAUUCGUAGAAUUAACCUUCAAUAACCACGACUAUAUCAUGCUGAAUGAGGACCUGGAAACCUGGAGCGUGGUUGGCAAGGCCGCUGAGAUGAUCAGGCAAGACUUUGAGGAGGAAAAUUUUGCAAAACGCAUGAGAGAAUACCUGCGGGGCCAAUGUGUGGAAGGGGUCCUUGGACUCCUGUACCAUGGUGAGGAGGCUUUGCUGAGAGCAGGCACUCCUAAAACACAUGUGACCCAUAAGGUCACAGCUGAUGGGAAAAUAACCUUGAGGUGCUGGGCUUUGAACUUCUACCCUGCUGAAAUCACCUUGAUCUGGCAGAAGGAUGGGAGCAACAAGACCCAGGAUGUGGAGGUGAUAGAGACCAGGCCUUCAGGGGAUGGAAACUUCCAGAAGUGGGCAGCUGUGGUGGUGCCAUUUGGGGAAGAGCAGAGAUACACAUGCCUUGUGGAGCAUGAGCGUCUGCCUAAGCCCAUCACCCUGAGAUGGGAGCGUCCUCAGUCCAUCAACUCUAUCAUGGCUAUUGCUAUUGCUGUGGUGCUUGGAGCUCUGCUUAUGGGAGCAGUGUUGGCUUUUUUUAUAUGGAAGAGGAGGAGUAAAGGUAAGGAAAAGGCAGAGUCUGAGUUCAUGGCUUCAUGGAAAUAUCAAGCCUAAUCUGUAA